AUGAGCGCUGAGCAAAGCCAGGCGAGGCAGACGGCUUCAAACUCGACUGAACCCGCAACCAACUUUUCUGAUUGGGCAGACAUCGAGUCAAUUUGCAACCUGAUUAAGAUUGAACUAGACCAACUUGAGGAUCUAGGGCUUCCAAGUACGCAGAUCUUUCAAAAGGGUGUGCCAAGCCUAGAUCAGCAUGUAGAAACAAUCAAGCAGGGUCUUUACUCGGAUAGGGAAAUCGAUUCCAUGAUGUCCACGGAGAUCACGAAUGAUAUUCAACUCCUAGAUAUUGGAGGGCAGAAUUCCCAAGAGCCUGAGGUUGAGGUGGUAUAUCCCAUGUUGACGGACCAUUCCCAAUCUGCCCAGCAAGCCGAGCUGGAAUAUCCCUUGUUGACAAUGGAACAGAUCCAGGAGAUUGAAUCCCUUGACUGGGACGUGAUCAAUUCAUAUAGGAACCAGAUUGAUAGUUAUGCUGGUCAAGAGCCUGAUGCUCUUGCGAUAGACAGGCUUUGUGUUAAGCAAGCAGAGAACAGUUGCCCUUACGGUGAAUUGUACAAAUUUGUUGGCGACGUUGAUGAGCCCGACGGAACUAAUCCAGCGUCCAUGUCGAUAGUCAAUUUCCGUCUACCGGCAGACUUCUUGGAAAUGGUACCAUUUAACCGCAAUAAGUACUUUGCUGAUCAUCUGGUCAUUGAGUUUGUCCGAAAUGGUGUUCUGCAAUUGAAAUCAGUCGAUAUUCGGAACAAAACAUUCUCAGUCGAAAUUGACCUCCAAGACAGGAACCAAUUGGCCAAAGUGGAUACCAUAUCUGUUUAUCUUCAGAGUCAGGGUGAGGUCCAAAAGCCGCUGGUGAGCUUUUUCAAUACAUACAAAAUUCACCCGCGACCGCUGCCAAAACUGAGUGAUCCAGUGAUCAAGCUCAUGUUUGAACUGGACGUAUCAGUUGACCCGACCAAUGUCCAAGAGGUGCUUUGGGGCAUCAAGAGGGCGCUUAACUGGCGCAUAGAAACCGGGUUGUGGGACAGCAGGACACCACUUUGUCACUGUGCUUGGAGCUAUUUCCAGAUCUCCAUGCCGCCCUGUGCUUCCGAUUAUCAAGCCCUGUACUGUAUUGCGGAGAUGCUCAUUAUUCCACUGCUAUUUGAUACCGAGGGUCAUUAUGGUUUCACUAAGUUUCCAUUCACCAUUCAGAACCCUGUUACAUUUGCCGGGGGUAUACAUCUUCGGGGUCCGGUGAAAAUUGAAAGAAUUCACCGUGGACCUGUCAUCUAUCCUAGCUUUGUUUGA